UAUUGCCUCUGUGAACCUGGAGGCCCCCCUUGAAUUAUCGGGGCCAACAGCCCCCGACUAUCGCCUGGUCACCCUUUUAAAGCCCUCUAAGCUAGUUUAAAGCCUUCUGCGGCCUGCGGAUCCAGCUGCAGUAGCAGCAACGGCACCGGGGCAGCUUUUCUUUCGCCCUAGGCCCCGAGUCCUACCAGGGGGGCUUCACGCCAGCUCUUGUUGGGGGGGGGGUUGUUCCGCGUGCAAAACAGAAGCGACGCCGCUAGAGGGCUCUGGCCAUUGUCAAAAAAAGAAAAAGGGGGGAGAAAAGAGGCGACUCUUCUCAUUUUCUCUCGCAGCUGCUGCUGGUGCUCCCGCUGACGAUUUUGGAGGCUGAACUUCCCGGGUCAGAGACGGAGAGCCUUGUUGUUGCUGUUUCUUCUGCUUUCGUAGCUUCGACAGUCCAGCGGAGAUCCAGCCUGAGCGCCUGCCGCCCCGACACGGGGGGGGGGGUGUAGUGGGGGGAAGCCCUCGGUUUUAGAGAUUUCCUUGUUCUCCAGUCGCAUCCUCAAGGGAGAAACCUGUAUUAGCCUCAGUUGGGAUUUUUAAAAUAUUACUAUUAUUAUUCCAAGGACAGAUCCCGAACUCUGCAGCUCUCAGGAACCAGAUCCUGAAGCCAGAGACUUCCAGAGGCCACAGCCUUUUGCAGAAGUGACUGAUGUAUUUUGCUGAGAUACAGUGGGCCCUUCUGGACCCAUGCCAGAGACCUGUCUACAGGGACAUUGUGCAGGACAAUUAUGGGACUCUACUCUCACUAGAUGGAGGAACCAUGAAUCCCAAUCCCCAGCCUGGAGGUGCUGAGGCUGGGCAGACACAGAAGCAGUUACCAGGACGGUCUGAAGGCACUCUUUACCUGGGCCAGAGUCAGGCCGGGCAGCAAGAGUUCAAGCUGUGCCAAGCAUUUCAGCUUAGCAGGCCCAGCCCUAUGCACCCCAGGAGAUGCAGGACUCUGUCUUGGUGGCUGGACAUCAUGCAGAAGAAUUAUGAGACCCUCAUUUCCCUGGAUGUCAGGAAGGAACAUGAGCAGGAAAGCUCGGUUGCUAAAAAGAUGAUGUCAAGAGAAGAACCUGCGAGGACUGAGUCUCAGAGCCCUGAUCUGGAACUGAGUCACAGCAAGCUGGCUGUCAGAGACUUUGCACUGGUGCUUCCCACCAAACCUGUCCCCAUCUCCUCUAGUGAAGGCCGGAAACCAUACAAGUGUAUGGAGUGUGGGAAGGGAUUUGGCCAAAGCUCGCACUUGAUGCGUCACCUGGGAACACAUUCUGGGGAAAAGCCCUACCAGUGUAUGGACUGUCCCAAGGCCUUCACACAGCUGUCAAACCUGCGGCAGCACCAGCGCAUGCACACUGGGGAGCGUCCCUACACCUGUGAUUGCUGCGGAAAGCGCUUCUCCUGGAGUUCCAACCUGGCCCAGCACCGGCGCCUCCACACUGGCCAGAAGCCGUACGCUUGCAUCCAGUGUGGCAAGUGCUUUUGCGAGAGCGCCCGGCUCCUGGAGCACGAGCGCACCCACACGGGCGAGCGGCCCUAUGUCUGCCUGCAGUGUCGCAAGUGCUUCAGCCGGAGCUCCCACCUCGCCCGCCACCAGCGCCUCCACGCUUCGGUCACAGGCAUGGAGGAGGACCAACCGCCUUUCUCUUGCAGCCAGGGUGCGACCCUCCUCCUACACCGCCAUGCCCACUGCAACUAGAAUUUAUGUCCAUUGUUGCUGGAACACUGUGGCAGAACCUAAGGAGGGUCUGCAGGGAUUUGACCUGUUUUCCUUGGCUUAGAGGCAGCCACCAAUGAAGCUUCGUGAUUGACUGUGUAGUAGCAAUGUGAGCUCAGAUCUUGCCAGGCUUCAGUGAAUCUAGAGCAAGGAUGGGAAACCUGUGGCAUCCAGAAGCUGCUGAUGUCCAACUCCUGUCAUCUCAGAUCAUUGGCCGUGCCAGCUGGGGCUGAUGAGAGUUGGAGCCCAGGAACGAAGAAGGAAUAAAGCACCAAAUGGUAGUCGAAAGAGGAGACAAGUUCUGGUGCAGUGUGGGUGAUUUGGAGCCCAACAACGGCUGGAGGGCCGCACGUUCCACACUCCUGAUCUAAAGGCAGGGAGCACUUGUGGUUGUGCAAAACACACCAUAACAACCUAUGCGACUGUACUAUGUGCAAGAAAAAUCAUCCUGGAUGUUGUGCCAUUGCUUACUAUGAUACUAUGCUCGGGGUAUACCACAUGUACAGGAGGUUGCUACACUCCAGAUAAUCUGCAGCAGGAGAGAUGCACCCCUUGGCACAAAUGCUACAGCAUGUGCUCUGGGCAGGGUCGGCCUAACCAUAAAGGCAACCUAGGCAGUGAGUAGAGUGUUAGAUAUACAGAGCUAUGGUUAAAUGCCCUGGGGGGAAGAGCUGUCACGUGCACUUCUGGAGGAGGCUGAGCAGAUCAGAAGCUGGGUUGAUACCCUUCCUAUUCUGUUCUGGUCCGUUUGCACUGGCUACCUAUUUGUUUCCGAGCCAGGUUCAAGGUGCUGGUUUUGACCUAUAAAGCCUUACACGGCGUGGGACCACAAUAUCUUGUGGAACGCCUCUCCCGCUAUGAACCUACCCGGUCACUUUGCUCAGCAUCUAAGGCCCUCCUCCGGGUACCAACCCAUCGAGAAGCCCGGAGGACAGUUACUCGAUCUAGGGCCUUUUCUGUAGUGGCCCCCGAACUGUGGAACAGCCUCCCCGAAGAAGUACGCCUUGCGCCUACGCUUCUAUAUUUUCGGCUCCAGGUUAAGACCUGGCUAUGCUCCCAGGCAUUUUAAGCGUUUAUGUUAUAAUUUAAAUUUUUUAUUUUUUAUUUUUUUCUUUAGUUGCUGCUUGUGUUUAUUGUUUGUUGUCUGAUUUUAUUGUUGAUAUUUUGUAUUUUAACCUUUUUGUACACCGCCCAGAGAGCCACUCACUAUGGGCGGUCUAUAAAUGAAACAAAUAAAUAAAUAAUAAUAAAUAAAUAAGGGUUCAGGGGACACAAUCUGCGCCAGCCAUCCAGACACAGUUGUAAAAAGGGAAAAAUGAAAAAGUA